AUGAUGGCCAAAGACAGCACAGGAUCUUCGCGCAAACGAACCGAGGACGACACGCAAACAAAUACUAAGAAACGUAAAGUUGACAAUGGUCUGUCUGCGAAGAAAAGUCUCGUAGGGAGCCAAUCUCUGGCCGAGAGCCAAGAGCCAUCAUUUGUUGAAAUUCUGGAACAAUUCGAGGAUGGAGAGGCCCAAGCCGAGGGUGGGCGGAAUCUUUGGCCAAGGCCGGAACUCAAGAAGUUUGACCCCAAGACCACCUCUAUUACCUUCCAGCAAAUAGACGUUGAUAUGUUUCCUGGUGCAACCGGUUUGGUCUUUGGAUUAUUUGGCGUUACACCCGAGGGGCAUAGUGUAUUGGCUCAUGUUACGGACUUUUUACCAUACUUUUAUAUAGCCAUGCCUCGAGGGUAUGACCCAAAUGAGGCGCGCGCGUUUAUGGAUCACUUGAAUGGGCAAACGGCACCGGGGACCGUCUUAAAAAUUGAAAUAGUUCACAAACGAAGCUUGUGGUCAUAUCGCUUGAACGCUCGGGCAGAGGAUGAAACAAGCCCGUUCCUGAAGAUUACACUUUCUGAGGCUCGUAAUGUUCCAAAAGUUAGAGAUGAGUACAUGGGCUUAUUCAACGGUCCGAUCACAACAUACGAAAGUAACAUGCCGUUCGAACUUCGCUUUAUGGUGGAUCGUGAGAUAGUUGGGAUGAAUUGGGUCGAGGCUCCAGCAGGAGCAUAUGAAUUGCGAUCCGACAGUCAAAAGAUUUCUACUUGUCAGAUAGAACUGAACAUAAGGUACGACCUCAUUAAAUCCUACCCCGCUGAUGGGGAAUGGUCGAAGGUGGCACCUCUUCGAAUUUUGAGCUUUGAUAUUGAAUGUGCCGGUCGAAAGGGUAUCUUCCCCGAGGCAUCCAUUGAUCCAGUCAUUCAAAUAGCCAACAUGGUCACAGUGCAAGGCGAAUCUUCACCAUUUGUCAGGAACGUGUUUACACUAGAUGACUGCGCGCAUAUCGUUGGAUCAGACGUCAUUUCAUUUAAAAAUGAGGACGCCAUGCUCUUGGCUUGGCGGGCCUUCGUUGAAGAGGUCGAUCCCGACGUUGUUAUCGGUUACAAUAUCGCCAACUUCGAUCUGCCUUACCUUUUAGAUCGUGCUCGAGCCCUUAAAGGAGCUUCUGAUGGAUUCCCCCACUUGGGACGCAUUAAACACUAUAAAACUACCACCAAGGACACCCACUUUAGCUCCAAGGCAUUUGGCCAGAGAGACUCCAAAGAGACCCAGUUAAAUGGUCGACUACAACUUGAUAUGCUGCAGUACAUGCAGCGCGAACAAAAACUCCGAAGCUAUACCUUGAAUGCUGUCUGCGCCCAUUUUCUUGGUGAACAAAAAGAAGACGUGCACCAUUCCGUUAUUACAGACCUACAAAACGGGAACGCCGAGACAAGGCGACGAUUGGCCGUUUACUGUUUAAAGGAUGCGUAUCUUCCUCAGAGACUUAUGGAUAAGCUAAUGUGUUUCGUGAACUAUACGGAAAUGGCAAGGGUCACGGGUGUCCCAUUCAACUAUUUGCUUCAAAAAGGACAACAAAUCAAGGUUAUUUCUCAACUCUACCGGAAAGCCAAUGCCGACGGAUAUGUUAUCCCCAACAUGAAGGCAGAAGGGGUCGACGAGCAAUACGAAGGUGCCACAGUUAUUGAGCCAAAGCGCGGGUACUAUGAUGUUCCGAUAGCCACCCUCGAUUUUAGCUCUCUGUACCCGUCUAUCAUGAUGGCACAUAACCUUUGCUACACCACCCUGCUUUACAAGGAAACGAUUGAACAACACGGGCUCGUCAAGGGAGAAGACUAUAUACAGACUCCAAACAACGAUUUCUUUGUUACGGCCAAGCGUAGGAAGGGAUUGCUACCUACUAUUCUGGAAGACCUGAUCGCGGCCCGAAAACGCGCUAAAGCCGACCUCAAAAAAGAAACAGACCCUUUCAAACGAGCUGUGUUGGAUGGUCGUCAACUUGCAUUGAAGAUCAGUGCAAACUCGGUUUAUGGGUUUACUGGUGCCACUAUUGGACGCCUCCCGUGCUUGGCCAUAUCUUCAAGUGUUACCGCUUACGGUCGUGAAAUGAUCGAGCGAACCAAACAUGAAGUUGAAACUGAGUACUGUAUUAACAACGGGCGGGAACAUGACGCAGAAGUAAUUUAUGGUGAUACCGAUUCCGUCAUGAUCAAGUUUGGGACUACGGACCUUGAAAGUACCAUGGCACUUGGCGCGGAGGCUGCUGAGCUCAUCACGGCCAAGUUUGUCAAACCAAUCAAACUCGAAUUCGAGAAGGUCUACUUUCCUUACUUGCUCAUUAACAAGAAGCGCUAUGCUGGCUUGUAUUGGACCAACCCGAAAAAGUACGAUAAAAUGGACGCCAAGGGCAUUGAGACUGUUCGGAGAGACAAUUGUCGGCUGGUACAAACGGUCAUAGAGACAUGUCUGCGCAAGAUGUUGAUCGACCGUGAUGUCAAGGGUGCAGAAGACUAUACCAAGCAAAUUAUCUCUGAUUUACUCCAAAACCGAAUCGAUAUGUCUCAGCUGGUUAUCACCAAAGCUCUGGCCAAAGCAGCGGUCGAAGAUUAUGCUGCCAAACAAGCACACGUAGAACUCGCCGAACGUAUGAAAAAACGCGACGCAGGUUCGGCCCCUGCGUUGGGUGAUCGUGUCGCAUAUGUGAUAGUGAAGGCUGCAAAAGGUGCCGCGGCAUACGAAAAGUCGGAAGACCCUCUCUAUGUUUUGGAGAACAACAUUCCGAUCGAUACCAAGUAUUAUCUCGACAACCAGCUGUCCAAACCUUUGAUGCGUAUCUUCGAACCCAUUAAAGGAGAAAAGGAAGCUGCAACCUUACUUUCGGGAAGCCAUACCCGCACGAUCCAAAUCGCAACUCCGACAAUUGGUGGUCUCAUGAAAUUCGCGGUAAAGACCGUUACGUGCCUUGGAUGUAAAACGGCGUUGAAAACCAGCAAUAGCAACAUGGGAGCCGUGUGCAAUAACUGUCGUCCCCGAUUGAUGGAGCUAUACUAUAAACAGGCAUGUUCUCGACAGACAUCCGAUCUACAAGUGGCGUUCGCUCGUUUAUGGACACAGUGUCAACGCUGCCAGGGAUCACUGCACCAAGAGGUGCUCUGCACUAGUAAAGAUUGUCCGAUUUUCUACAUGCGGAAGAAGGCACAAAAAGAUGUGGAAGAGUCAGUUGCGGUACUUGAUAGGUUCACUGAUGAGAGUUGGUAA